UCCCACUCAGUCGGCGGCUAUUCCAGCUCAUCGCCAACCAAUCACGCGCCUCGCCAGUCGCCCCGGUCUCAGACCGCCGGCCAUCAGCAGCCCUACUUCCCGCCGACUCUUGUCGGCCCGCCUGGUCUCCUCAGCCCUUCACCGCUGCCCCACCAGCAUUCGCCCCGACCCGCGCGGUAUCUGCCUACACCUGGCCAUCCCUCCUACCCUUCGCCCCAGCAUCUCAGUCCCGAGGCGGCGUGUGCGCCGCGCGGACUGGCCAUGCGAGUCCUCACCAACGGCUUCCCAGCCGGCGCCGGCAGCAACAGCAGCAGUGAUUCCGGCCUCGGCGGUGUUGGUGGCGGUGGCGUCUUCUCGGAACGCACCAAUCAGUCCUGCUCGCACUCCUCCCUGAGCAGCACCAACGAGUCCGGCGGCCAAUCGAGGCCGGGCGAGAUGUCCCCCUUCGAGCAGACGAUGCCACCUGACUCGCCGGCCGCCUCUUUCGCCCACCUCUCGACUCACCUCGGAUCCCUCAUGCCUCCGCCUCACUCCGGCCUCCACCAGCCCGUCGCGCAGCACCCAAACACACUCAGCCUCGGCAACCAUAUCAACCUUAACCACAACCACAACCACAAUCACCAUCUCGGCAACCAUCAACACCAACAGCAUCUCCACAAUCAGCAUCAGCAUCAAAAUCAUCACCACCACCAACAGCAACAUCCUCAGCAUCUAACGCAACCGGGAGGCAACCACCAUUUUGCACACUCCAACUCCAUCGGAGGGUCCGAGGCCGGGGUGUAUGGCCAUCUGCCCGACUCCGCCUCCUCCAACAGCCAUGCCUGGCCGACGCAACCAAUCGAUCAGGUCUACCCCAGCAACCAAGACGCUAAUAGCGGAGCCGGUUCUCCCUACGCAACCCCUCUCCUCACCCACACCCAUUCGUCCGGUAACCACGACACCGGCCCUCAGGCCCAUACGCACAAUCAGCACAACCAACACAACCAGCACAAUCACAACCACAACCAUAACCACAACCACAUCCACCAGCAUCAGAACCACAACGGCAGACAGCGAUCAGAGUCGUCGUCUGACAAUGCCGAGUCCCAGAGUCUGCAGUCGCCGGAGGCUCGCGUCUUCGCCACCAACGGGUCGGUGUACUUCGAGGAAAGGGGCGCCGAGGAGGUGGUCGUCAGCGGGGCAGGCGAGGCGUCGUCCGGCUUCCCGGGUCUCAGCAACACCAGCCUCUCGGGCUUCUCGGGCUCGAGUCCGGCCGCGGCCAGCUCGCCUCUUCUGCUCGGCGUCACGCCGACUCGAGGCCACGGCUUCCCGACCAACCCCUCCCCGACAGACUUGCCCCUUGGCCUGACCAAUGGGGCGCCAGGCAACCGCGGGUCGAAUCACAACGGCCGCACCAAGACCGCCGCCUGUAGCAGGCUUGGCUUCUACGCGGGCUCGAGUCCCGGUCAACUGUUGGGCGGACCUGCGCGGUCUGGCGCCUCUGAACUUGCCGCCCCAGGCCUGCCGGGUGGGGGGCCCAGGCCGAAUGACUACGCCCCGACGUCGGCGUCGGUGUCGGCAUCUGCAUCGGCGGCCGACUCGGCCGCGGCCAGUCUCGCGUCGUCGGACGGCGAGACGAACUCGUCCGUGGCGACGGGAGCAGGUGCGGGAGCCGGGGGCUCGGGGAGCGGAGGCGGCCGUCGCGACCGGUUCAAUCGGAAACCGGCGCCCACGCUGGCGACGGGAAGACGAAAUCUGAAGAACGAAAUGGUGAGUGCACAACGACGACCCAGUUUAUUAUGCUCCUCUUCAUCAUCUGCUAUCGCGACGAGGACGACGUGGACAUGUAGUCUCGCCUCUGCAACCGAGAGGGUGACUGACGCCCACAGAGUUGUAGCAGAGUGGGCAUUCUCAUGUCAUGUCAGUCGCGAUUUAUUGUUGUCAUCCGCUCGGCCACGUGGCUGCUUUCGGUGGCUGCGAUGUUUGACCGAAUCAAACACUCAUCUUGCCCUCAUUUUGACAGGUCAGUGUCGGUCUGCCGAUACCGGUACCGAGUCACGGGUCAUGAUAAAGAUUAACCCCGAAUGGGGUCGUUUUACGGAGCUGGUCGGAGCACAGUUGGAGAAAGUGGAGGUGUUGCUGGACAGUUUCUGA